UAUUUUAUGUCAAUAAAGUUGUGUGUCGAAAGAAAAAUAAACGACUCUUCCUGGUAGAAAGGAUAUUGGGGGUGUUUUUGAUCAGAAGGAUUUAUUAAGCAUGGACAGGCGAAACAAAUAAAGGCGAUUGCUGUUGAAACAGAUGGUAGCUGUAAAGAUCAUUAAGACAGGAUGAAUAUCAUAGUAACAAAAAUAAAAAGCAGCAAAGUUGCUCUUUUCCUAUUUGUAUGUGUUAUUGCAUAUAGUAUUUUCUUUCCAAUACUGCAGUACCAGUUCAUUUCCAGGAACCAUGCACAAUUCAUGGAAUUAGCUGGUCGGGCUUCGCAUAUGACUGUCAUUUUAAAUAAACAAUAUUUAUCGAGUUUUCCAGUCAGAAGUAUGGAAUUAGUAAAACAAUCCAAAUCGUCACGUACUAUCCUCGAAGGAACUGCAACAAGUAAUAGAAGUAGGAUAGAAAAUGCAACCGUUAGGCCAUUGACGUGUGAUGGUUGUUUUUUUAAUACUUUUCACUUCUUAAUCAACAACGAGGAUAUAUGUAAAAGAAAGAAUGAAUCCGUUGACAUUUUGAUCUUAAUUAUGUCAGCACCAUUAAAAUAUAUGGAGCGAAAUGUUAUUAGAGAAACUUGGUUAACUUAUACUAAAAAUAAUACUGGUAAGUUAAGACAUGCAUUUUUAUUAGGGGAAUCCCCUUUGAAUAAAGAGCUGGAAAAAGAAAAUCUCCUCACAAAAGACAUUAUAAUGGGAAACUUUAAAGAUGCAUAUCACAAUCUAACACUAAAAUCUGUUAUGGGAUUACAAUGGACGGUAAAGUUUUGUAACAACACAAAGUACAUUUUUAAGACUGACGAUGAUAUGUAUGUUAACAUUCCUCGUCUUGUCAGUCUGAUUAAAGAAAAUGAGGAUGUUUUGCAAACCUCUGUUGGUGGAAGAUGUUUUAUGAGUCGCAGACCAAAUAGAGACAAACGAUCAAAGAAAUGGUAUACAUCUAUUGAAAUGUACCCGCAAAAUAAUUAUCCUGGCUUUUGUUCAGGAACCGGAUACAUGACAAGUUUUAACGUUGUUUCGAAAGUUGUAAAUAUAUCAAGAAAUAUUCCAUUUUUUCAUCUGGAAGACAUAUACUUGUCCUUGUGUGUAAAUAAAUUAGGAUUCAAACUACAUAAUUUUGAGGGAUUUAUACCUUCAUUAGGAAAACUAAGAGACAAAUACAACAAUGAUAAACAUCAUCCUUGUAUUUACAAGAACGAAUCAUUAGUUACAAUGCAUCAAGUUCCAAUUAAAUGGAUAAAACAUAUCUGGCAAACGCCGUGUCUUUAGUUGUCAUUAGAAAAUACAAUGUUACUUCACCCAGUAAAGUAGUUUUCUGAUUCUCGGAACCAAAUUGAAUUGCCUUUAAAUGCUCGCCAGCAGUUGGUAUUUUCUGGAAAAUCAAAUCUUUAAAAAGACAUUCAUAAAAAAAAUGUGUUAUUUCGUCAUGUGUCAAGAAAAAUAUGUGCAACUCUGGAAAACAUAUUAGAUGAAAAUACUAAGUAAAUUAUAUUUUUAAACCUAUAUGUAUGCUGAUCUGAACUCAAUUUAUAUGGAUAAAUGGAAGACAUUUAUCUUCGGUCUCUUUCUAUCGAGUUUGAUUGCACUUUGUAAAAAUGCAUCUUGGUGUUGAAUCAUGCAUAUGAUUAAGAAAAUCUAACUAUGUGAUAAGUGAGUAGCUAUAGUGUCAUGGAACUCACUUGGCAGAAAAGGAUGAAAUAAUCGACAUUCAUUUUCGAAAUUGUAAAUUUGAUAUAAAUAUACUUGAGGAGGACCAAAUGAACAAUUUUUAGUGUAGAACUGUGUUUCUAAUUUCAUACUAUAUGGGAAAUGCAUCGCCUUGAAUCGUUUCCUUUCCUAAAUUCAAUUUGCUUGUUUGAAUUCAUUUACAGGAAGAAUUUCGUCACAUGUUUAAUUCAUAAGUUCACAUAUUAAAAUUAUCUUUUAUAAUGACACGAAUUAUGAAAAAUGGAUUAAACAAUAAUCGAUAAUGA